CAUCCCCUUAAUACUGAUCCUGAACUGCCAGUCAGAAGAGCCGUCAGUAAAGGUCUCCUGCCACCAGCCAUGUCUGAUGGCGAGGCUCUUAUUGCUGAACCAGUGACCAGAGAGGACUUCUUAAAGUAUUCCUGUCACUUCACUCUGGAUCCAAACACAGCAUACAGACACCUCCAUCUGUCUGAGGGGAACAGGAGGGUGGAGUGGAGAGAUGAGGCCCCUCAGUCAUAUCCUGAUCAUCCAGACAGAUUUGAUUAUUAUCGUCAGGUGCUGUGUAGAGAGGGUGUGUCUGCACGCUGCUACUGGGAGGUUGAGUGGAGAGGAGCGGUUCAUAUAGCAGUGUCAUAUAAAAGCAUCAGCAGGAAAGGAGUGGGUGGUGAGUGUAGGUUUGGAUGUAAUAACCAAUCCUGGAGGCUGGACCUCUACAGCUCCCACUCCUCUUUCCUGCACAAUAAUAAAGUGACUGAACUCCCUCUAGUGGCCAGCUCCAGAAUAGGAGUGUAUGUGGAUCACAGGGCAGGAACUCUGGCCUUCUACAGCAUCUCUGGAGACACAAUGACCCUCCUGCACAGAGUCCACACCACAUUCACAAACACACUCUACCCUGGUUUCUUGGUAGGUAGUCGAGCAUCAGUGAAGCUGUUGUGA